AUGGCCCCCGAUGCCAAACCCGCCAAAGCCAGCAAGGCUAGCAAGACCGACAAGUCGGACAAGGAGGAUAAGUCCAAGGUGCACAAGCUCGCCCUCAAGGGAAGCGCAAAGCUCGUGGCCGAAUUCUUUCAAUACUCGAUACACACUAUUCUCUUCCAACGAGGUGUCUACCCAGCAGAAGAUUUCUCAGCCGUCAAGAAAUACGGUCUCAACAUGCUAGUCUCCUCCGACGACCAAGUCCGAGCCUACAUCAAAAAGAUCAUGUCCCAACUAGACCGCUGGAUGCUCCGCGGCAAAAUCUCCAAGCUCGUCAUCGUAAUCACAGACAAGGACACGGGCGAACACGUAGAACGCUGGCAAUUCGACGUCGAAAUCUUUGGCCGCCCCUCAAAGUCCAAAUCCUCAAAGACCUCUUCGUCCUCCAAAUCAUCCUCCUCGAAACCCGCAGACCAAGAAAACGCAUCCCCCGCCACGGCAGAGGACGCGGCCCCCGAAAAGACGGAACAAGAAAUCCAAUCCGAAAUCGCCGCCAUCUUCCGCCAGAUCACCGCCUCCGUCACGUUCCUCCCCCAGCUCAACGGAGACUGCACGUUCAACGUCCUCGUGUACGCCGACGCCGACUCCGAGGUGCCCGUCGAGUGGGGCGACAGCGACGCCAAGGAGAUUGUCAAUGGCGAGCGGGUCCAGCUGCGUGGGUUCAGCACCAGCAACCACCGUGUUGACACCCUCGUCAGCUAUCGCUUGGCGGAGUAG